UUAUCAAUCAUUUCUACAUUUUAUAACCUCAUCAAAUUGUAAAAAUGUGUAUAAAUAUAAUUAUAUUUCCUAUAGGUGUUAUAAUCACCAACAUAAACCCCACUUUUAUACGGGUUGAAGAUCCACUCCUCUUGUCUUGUUGCAGUUUUAGCGCAUUAAACUGGAUCUGAUGCGUCAAUUGGUCUAAAAGUCCUCAUAUUGUUUAUGAUAUUUGGUGACAUAAAUAUUAUUCUGCAGCGAUGACAACAAAGGGAAACCCAAGAGGGGAGUCUUAUAUAAGAGAUAAGAAAAACAGUCUGGAGCCCUCUUUGCCAAAUUAUUUAUAGCUCAUGAACGUCUCCUCUGCUCUGUUCUGCCCAAGUAUGUCAGCUGAUCAUCUCCAGUCUCCAUACUUUAUAAAGUCUUAUUCUGCCAAAAAAUAAAUAAAUAAAUACAUGGAUGUAUAGUUUUGUCUGUGUGGUCAAAAGACGCUUCCGGGUCCAAAGGACAAUAAAGCCUUCUUGUUCAUUGUCGUUUUCUCUAAGAACACUGAGCCACAUGUGACCUUUAACCACCUCACACCAACAAACCCACCAGUCCCAGAUCUGGGUCAGGGAAACGGCAAGAUUUAGCUGCUCCAUCAGAGUUUACGCGCGCGCUUUUCCUCCACGAUUGAGCAUCCAUGACGCACAUUUAUAGUAAGUCUAAAGCCAUUUUAUAGUGUGGCUAAAAAACAUAUUUUGUCUUUAAGUGCAUCUUGAAUCCAAGUUAAAAGGGAAGUUUGCAAACAAACAAAACAGAAAUGUGGGUAAAAAUGAGAUUAUUUUAUAAGUUUUCCUUUUUAAUUUAUAUAAAGUGUAAAUCAAGUCAUUUUAAGUACAGUAUUAACUUGUUUUUCUUUUAUUUAUAUGUAACAAAACAGUAUAGGCCGACUCUCUGAAAGUCUCCGGGCGUCUACACGUGGAGACAUAGGCUAUCUGUCAUAAUGUGCCAGUGGUCACAUGGCUUUGGCCCUCAGGAAUGGAUAGCGAUGGAUUCCCACGUCACCUUGUACGUCUAAGGAUUUCUGCUCCAGCAGUCAGCCUCAAAGUGGCUGAAGCGCAGCGGCGCGCAGGAACAAUGCGCGGAUUAUCCUAGGACGUCUCCUCAGAAUAUGGAUUUGGAUGAGCGGAUUUCGGGCUCCAGUAUGUAUUUACCGAGCUGCACUUACUACGUGUCCGGAGCAGACUUCCCGGGUCUCCCUCAUUAUUUGAGCCAGAGCCAGUCCUCUCACCCCGUCCCUUACUCGUACCAGUCCUCUGCGCUCCCGCAGAUCCCGUCCGUGAGAGAUGUCGCUUUCAGAGAUUAUGGCAUUGAUGCUUCGAGUAAAUGGCACCACAGCAGGGGGAGUCUGUCCCACUGCUGCGCUGAGGACAUGCACAGAGACAGCUGGGCGUGCUCGCGGGGGGGAGAGGUCCCGGUGAAAGGCGCGUCGGGGCACUCCGGCUCCUCCAGCGCCUCUUCUGCGCUCGGCGGGGGCAGCGUUGGGCGGAACGGGGUCCUGCCUCAAGCCUUCGACCAGUUCUUCGACCCGGCCUACGGGAGCGCGGAGGGGAGCGUCCCAGAGGCGGACAGACAGUCCAGAACGAGCCCGGCUCCGGCUCACGCUGCAGGCUCGGACUCCGCGGAGAGCUGCAGCCCCAAGUCCUCCUCCGGGAACAGCGAGGAGAAACAGAGCAGCAGCGGCAGUGCUCCGAGGACGCGCAAGAAGAGGUGUCCGUACUCCAAGUACCAGAUCAGGGAGCUUGAGAGGGAGUUCUUCUUCAGCGUCUACAUCAACAAAGAGAAGCGCAUGCAGCUCUCCAGGAUGCUCAAUCUGACAGACCGACAGGUCAAAAUUUGGUUCCAAAACAGGAGAAUGAAGGAGAAGAAACUGAACAGAGACCGUUUACAAUACUACACAAACCCUCUGCUAUAAAAACUGGACCCAGACUGCUGCCACCCCCACUCCCCCCACUCCCCAUUCAGACAGACUAAACAUUCGUGCCAUAAAGUGGACCAUACUUUUUUGUUGUCUUUUCAAAAUCUCUUUUUCUCCUUUCUAUUGUUAUUAUUAUUAUUAUAAAUAUAUUAUCAUUAUUGUGA